AAAUAAAUCCAGUUAGGUAAAUUUGAACCAAUCUGAGGUAUUACAAUCACAUACACAGUAUCUUUCUGCCUCCUGUUCUUGUUCAAACUCUGACAUUGGUUUCUCAUCCAGAUCCAUGGCACGGCUUUUCCAGCCAUAUAAAAAAAGAUAAACCAAACUAAGCUUGGAUGAGUUUUAUUUUAGUGAUCCCAGCCAAGGAGUCCAUGUAGAUUAAGCAAAAAUUGUAACUUGUUCUGAGUGAACAGCAGAUGUCAAGAGCUGGAGCAGCCUUUCAGAGUAGGUGUAUUAAUAAAUAUGUUUCCCUGCUGCCACCAGAGUGGAAGAUGUAACAGAGUCUGUAUUCCUUAAGCAACAUGGGUUGGUAUUUAAUAAAGAAAUACAUUAUGAAGGAUUCCAUCAAACUGCUACAGCUUUGACUGCCCUUUGGCAAGAAUUUCAGCCACUUUUUUAGAUGUGUUACCUGUUUACUUGGCUUUUUAGAGAUAAAAUACUUCUCCUUUUUGUAACAGAGAUCACUGUAGUCUCACCCAUGUAAAAGACCCGCACCUGAGUUAUAUUUCAAAGAUGUUUUUUUUAUCACUUGAAUUUGCAAUUUUGGAGUUGUACCAUGAAUUAAAAGAGGAUAUGUUUGGAAUGAGGUCAUCUUAAUUCCUUACAGUAUGUUCUUCUGCAGGAUAAAAACAGUGCUAAGAUCCUGAAAUAUAAUGCAUUUCUAAAUCUUCUUGUUCAAAUUGAUAUAGGAUAUGUUUCUCGGGGACUGUUCUUAUAAAGAUUUUAAUUUUUUCUUCAUUGUUUUAUGUAAUGCUUUAAACCACUAAGAUUUAAGAACGUACUUUAAAAGUUUCGGUUGUCUCUGGGAAAAAUAGUCUUAAUUUAUGUUGACCUUUCUUUCCUUUGAGCGUUUAGUCUGCAUUCAAUAAAAUUUUGAUGACUGCUCUUUAGAAGACAGCUGUACGAUGUAAAGUAUUAUAAAUAUUCAGCUUUCCUCUCCUAGCAUUGCCAUUAACAGCUGGGCAUCCCGUUCAGCAGAGCAGAUUUUGCAGAGAGAGCUUGGCGUGCUCCUGAAUCAGUAUAGUGGAGAAGACUAGAAAAUAGUUUCUUAUGGUUUGGGGACCUGUAAAGACAUAGAGCAUCUGUUCCCCAGUUAAGUCAUAGUCUGGUAGCACUGAAUCAUGUUAAGAGCUAAAAUGAUGGGAAGAACCUAUUUUUUCACCUUGGCUGUACCCGCGUUUUAAGCACCUAAUAAUUCUACUAAAGGAAAAAUGAUUUCACCCCUACUCAGAAGAGCUAAGAGAUCACUGAAGUUAGGCAGUGUUAAGAAGCAUAACCCAGCUGAAGCAGGCCCUUUGGACAACAAGGAUCUAAACUAUUCACCAACAACGGGAACACGCCAGAUAAGUCCAUUUUCAUCUCCCACAAGUAGUAAUGCAGAGGAUCUCGGGAACAGCUUAUCACAUGGAAAUGAAAGUGAUUCAGAAAGCAGAUUAUCCAGAAGAGGGCAGCCUCAAACAGUGGAGGAUGCGUUUGCAGCGCUGCAGUCCAACGUGCAAAGUUCAUUGGUGAGAAUUCUGAAAGCAAGAGAAAAGCUGACAAGCCUACAGGCUUUAGAGGGCAGCAGAGAGCUGGAAAAUAUCAUCGGUGACUCAGACUCGUCGUGCGACUUGAGCGCUGAAGUGCAGAAAACCCAAGCGCUAAUGAUUCAAGCAGAAGAACUGCAGCUGUUGAAAAGGAACCACGGACAACGUCCUGCCCGAGAGCACGCCCAGCCAGCCAGCAGCUCUGCCUUCCUGCAGCUGCUCCUCGACUCCCUGUAGCUCCUGUCUGCUGUGCACCUUGUCCAGCUGCUGCACACAGGAACACAGCAUUUCCUCAGAGCAGAUCCAAACGUUACUGCGGCUCAGCAGAGACCAUCUGUUGGCCUGCAUUGCCUUAGGAUGUGUGUGCAUCUAUUUUCUGAGCAGCGAGGCUGCUGGACACAGGACAGAACUAUAAUUGUGAGCAGAUCAUAUGAAUGAUGAUGAUGUUGUCUAACUGCAAUUUAUUUUAGUCAUUCCUCAUCUCCCCCCGGGCAUUAUGUGAAAAAUGCAUUCCGCAUCAACCCAAAGUUCUACAUCUGCUUGAUUGGACUUAAAAGGAGAGGAGGAAGGCCUGUAAGCCUAUCUCCCCUGCAAAUACCAGGCAGCAUUGCUUGCUGCGCUGGGCAGGUGCACAUCUAGAUAAAAUGUCUGGCAUCUAUUUAAACUGAACAAUGCGCACAACCAGAUAAUCUCAAUGUAAAUAAUACAUUUCUUCGUGGUUGUUCUGUCCCAGUGUGUGCGCACAACGCCAGCUUCCAUUCACUGCUGCUUGGAACAUCAACUGAUUUCCUCUGUGUGCCCCGCUGCAAAGAUAAUUGUUGUGUUGCUCCGGAUUAAACAGAACUGCAGCAAAGCAUUCCCUGCAAGAACUGCUGAGAAGCAAAUGUUGUUAAAGGGGAGCGUUGGAUCCCACGCCUUCAGGGAGCAGCAGGAAGCUUCACAAACGUGGUGCCCUGGGAAAUGGCUGCUCCCUGCUUCACCCACAGAGCUCAGCAGCAACAAGGCAGCAAAGCACCAUCUGAAUGGACUGUCUGGGCUCCAACAGCCUUCCUAAAAAUCCACCGUAUCUGACAGGUGACGCCGUUGGUGACCAAAGAUAAAGGAAGCUGCACCACGCAAGGAAUGGUUCUGAUUGCUGACCCUUCCAUUUGUUUAUACUGACAAAUGACUCCUCUGUAGCUGCCACUUAGGACCAGUUUGCCAUCCACGAAGAUGCUUCCUCUAAUGCUGACCCACAUCACACUGUGUAAAGGCACCGGAGCCAAGCCCACCCUCAUAACAGCACUCUAUUAACAUUCCUUUUAGGUCACCACUUCAGUUUCAUGCCCAUAUUUAAUGAUAUACAGGGGGGCUUUUGUUUCCCAUUAAGUUUGAUGUAGAGAGAGUAAAAUUCAACAUAAACACAGAUAAUUGAACAGCAGUUCUUAAACAGUGAGAACCCAAACAAGAAACAUGACAAUAUGUGGUUAAAUAUGUGUGUAGUCAAAUGGGGAUGGACUCCAGCGUUGGGCAUUUUUAACAAAUAAAAAUAACUCUUGCAUUUAAUUGCUGUGCGGGUGAUGUGAGAAGUUAAUUGUCACUCAUUUAAGUUGUCUGUGCUGCUUUUUGUUGUUAAGAUGAGCUCAGGUUUCCCAGCUGUUUGUUUGCAUGAUAAUGGGAAAAGAAAUAGCUGGGACAAAGCGGUCAUAGUAGUUUCUAUAACCUGACUGUAACCUUUGUAGCUGAAAAUUCAAUAAACACUGAUCUUUAAA